AACGAACGUAAGCGCUCUAUGAUUAUUUGACCAGCUCUCGCAGUUUUCUCAUUGUGGCUGGCUCUCUGGACUAACUGGAGGAGUAUGAGCGUGUUCAGGAGUAGUCUGAGACUUGUGUCUGCAGCUCGUGCUGGACUUACCCUGAGAGCCGCACCAGCUGUGUCUGUGGCAGUUCGCCACGGCGGGGGCGGACCAAAACCGGUGUCUAAUGUCUCAGAACCCAACGGCUUUCUUUUUAACGAGAAGCCUUUAUUACCGGGCGAAAAGCGGCAGAAGGAAGAAUGGGAGAAUCCAUUUGUAUACGGCAUGGCUUUGAACUUCCUGUUGAUCCUAAUUAUAGCGUUUUUCAAGCCAGAUACAAGUAUGAGUGCCUGGGCUCACGAAAAGGCUUUGCAAAAGCUGGAAGCAGAGGCUGCAAUAUUAGCAGCUGAAACAGCAGCAGCAGACUAAGAAACACACACACACACACACUAUAGCUUUGUUAUCAUCACUUCAUCAUUGUGUACACCAUGGUUUAUGUAAUUGGCAAGUUCACUGUUCGCUCAUAGAUCUCGAAAAAGUAGAUUCGUACAAUCAAUAAUUAGGAGAUGAGAAUCAAAAAAAUUGCUGAAGCUGUGUACACAUGAUGGCACAGUAAAAUCAAAUUUGGGGUGGAAAUGGUCUGAAAAAUGUGAAGCAUAAUAAUAUAAAAAUCACAAAAGUCUCUUCACCUUGAACCCAGCUCACGUGGGCAUCAUCUGACAAAAAUUGGGACUGCAAUAACUAAUGUACUAGCUAGUUUAGAUUCUAGAAGAGCCUAGUCUGGCAGGAAUUAUUCUGAGCCUUUCCUGCUCUACCUUGUACUCCUCGAGCUCCCGACUCAGGUCCAGCUUCUUCUGAAUGGUCUUCUUGAGCGAGGUGAGCAGCUCGGUGUUCUCCUGCCGUACACCCUCCAUAUCUCUCUUGGUCCGCGUGAUCUCCUCCGACAGAUCCUCGCAGCGUUUGUAGUACAUGACCCGCUGGCUGUACUGCUCUUCCUUCUCUUUCUUGAGCAUUCGCAGCUGGUAUUUCAGUUUGGUGAGCUCCGUCUGGUAGGCUCGGCUCUGCCCCUCUAUUUUGCUGCGGAGACUGCUCACAGACACUUCAGUGGUGGCGGCACGGGCCCUCAUGAUGGCACGGAGGUUGUUCACUUCUUCGGUCUUGACCGCCAGCUUCGAGCGCCACUUGUUC